GAAGUGACGCGAGUCGUGCUGGUAGCAAGCUAGGGAAGGGUUGAGCGAAUCGCUGAGGCUAGCGGGCCCAGCGGCUGUCCUCGGCCACUAUGAGCUGCACGAUCGAGAAAAUCAUGACAGACGCCAAGACGCUGCUGGAGCGUCUGCGCGAGCACGAUGCGGCGGCCGAGUCCCUGGUGGACCAAUCGGCCGCGCUGCACCGNNGUGUGAUGGGUGGGACUGCUGCCGCCUCAGCAGCACCUGCCUGUGUUUGCAAAGGCUUAAUCUGUCUGUCUGUCCAGUAUCAAGAGGAUGCACCCGACGUGAAGGACAUGUCUAAAUAUAAACCUCACAUUCUGCUGUCUCAAGAGAAUACCCAGAUUAGAGACUUACAACAGGAAAACAGAGAGCUGUGGGUUUCCUUGGAGGAACACCAGGACGCUUUGGAACUCAUCAUGAGCAAGUACCGGAAACAGAUGUUGCAGUUAAUGGUGGCUAAAAAAGCAGUGGAUACCGAACCAGUUCUGAGAGCUCACCAGUCUCACUCUGCAGAAAUUGAAAGUCAGAUUGAUCGGAUCUGUGAAAUGGGGGAGGUGAUGAGGAAAGCAGUCCAGGUGGAUGAUGACCAGUUUUGUAAGGUUCAGGAGAAACUAGCGCAACUAGAGCUUGAAAAUAAGGAACUUCGAGAAUUAUUGUCCAUCAGCAGUGAGCCUCUUCAGGUCGGAAAGGAAAGUUUUGUGGAUCCUGCUUCUCAGCCCGUCAAAUAACGGAACUUCUGAACGCAGGCUGCCGAUGUCCGUCCAGGAGAGACGUGACGGCCUCUCCACAGGACGUGUCCCUUCAGGAGUCCUGCCAGAGACUUGACAUAGUGUUGAUUAGAGGUUUGAGAUGGAAGUCCAAAAUUGCCACUUGCUAGUCAUUGUCCACAGAACAGUUUGGGGUGUGUUAGUGAACACAGAGGCGUCUCGCCCUUCCUUUGUCAGAGACUACAUUUAGUUUUGACUCUGGGACCUGAAUUUAUAUAAACUGUUGUUUUCAGUUCAUGUUUGUUUUCACAUCUCUGAAAUCUGAACAUUUUAUUAUAAGCCAGUGAUUUUAUUUUUAUGUAGGAUUAUACAAUUGACUUCUAAGAAUUUUUAAGAGAUCGAACUUUUUAAAAGUACAUGUUUGGCAUAAACCUGAUUUUAUUUUCUUUUUCCACUUGCAAAAGUGACAUGACCCACAGAAGCGGACCGGCGGCCCUCUGAGUUAAACCACUCAUCUGUGGAGCUUGGAUUCUCUCCGGUGCUAGGAGUUGGCACCUCGUGGUCGGGUGCUAGGAGUUGGCACCUCGUGGUCGGGUGUCUUUACUCUUAAUUUGAGAGAAUCUAUUCCUAAUCCCUGGGAAAUAUACUUGAAAUCAAGUCGUCUGGGUUUGGGUUGUUUCUCCUCCCCAGGAUCACACAGUCCUUCAGAGAGUGCUGAGGAACCUGGACCUGCCCCGUCAAGUGCGGUCCCACAUGAGCACUUGAUUUAAAUGCCAAAAGUAGCUUUUAUUUAUUUGAUCAAGUAGUCAGUUUCCUAUUUUGUUUGACUAAGGAAUCUUCAGCUUAGGUAGUUUGCCGACUAUGAAGAACAUAUCAUAGUUUACAGGCACUGUGCCCACUGUUGAAUUGAUAUGGCUGUGGCGGUGAAGAACAGCUCUAUUUGGCUGGCUCACGCUGGCGGGAGUGGUCUGCUGUCUUAGAUGUGUUUGGUUUUUACAUGGAAGCACUUUUAUCACCGAAAGAAAGUUACUACAUUCCUGGUGCCACGCAGGCAGUUGAGAACAGCACUGAAAUCCGGCUGCAUGGAGGCUCUGCUAGCUCCCUUGUCGGCCUUCUCCUGUCCUGGUUUGCUCAAAUUUAUACAUAAUUUCUUUUACGCUAAUUAUUUGCCCAAAGUG